CAAUUCCAUCGCUCGAGCUUGGCAGCUUUUGAUCGUCGCGUCAGGCAGAGAGCUCGCAGCAUUCCGCCGUUCGCGCAACCGGGCUCAUAAAAAAACAUACCUGUACACACGCCGGGAGGAGGGCUUUAAAAGCUGUUGAUAUAUGCGGGAGGGAGAAGACCGCAGAGAUUGAGCUCCCGAUCCGACGAGCGAAACCACAUCGUCACAGCGGCUCGCGCUGAAAAGUGAACGAGCUUUUAUGGUAAAGUUUCAAGGAUUGUUUUAACCUCCCCCGGACUGCGUUGGUUUACAAGAGCGGAAUGACCGACUUUGCGAUGAUAAACUGUUGGCUGCUUCUCGGCGCGUGUCUUCUGGCCAGCCAAGGGGUCUGGAGUCAGCGCGUGCGAGUGGAUAAUGAAAUCACGGCGUAUCCGAACGGGUCCGUCAUCCUGCGCUGCGAGUUCACCAACAGCGGAACCACCAAACUCACACAGGUCUCGUGGAUGUUCGAGCGCGUCGAAGGCGAGAGACACAACAUCGCUGUUUUCCACCCCCAGUAUGGACCGAGUUUCCCUUAUACGCCCUUUGAUGGCCGAGUUCAGUUCACACAAGGCGCCCUGGAGACUCCAUCCAUCAAGAUCGACAAACUGAGGAUGGCGGAUGCGGGCAGGUACAUCUGCGAGUUUGCCACUUAUCCCAGCGGAAACGAACAGGGAACAACCACUCUUAUCAUGAUGGCCAAACCCAAAAACUCAGCUGCCCCCGUCCCAGUGCAGGCAGGCUCUUCUGAGGUAGUCGUGGCACGUUGCGAGGCCGCCCAGGGAAAACCCGAGGCUACUAUCUCCUGGAGUGCAAACAUUGACGGCCGCUAUAACCACACAUCAGUGCCUGAGAGCGACGGCACGGUGACUGUGAAGAGCGAGUAUCGGAUAAUCCCGACUCCAUCUGACAACGGAAAAGAACUCGCCUGUCUGGUGAAUCAAAGGGCGCAGAACGAACCUCAGCGGUUUAGCUUGAAGCUGGUGGUGGAGUAUCCCCCCACUGUGACGAUAGACGGAUAUGACUUUAACUGGUAUAUGGGUCGGACUGAUGUGGUGUUGACCUGUCAGGCUGAUGCUAAUCCUGCACCUACUGAUGUGAUGUGGACCGCUGCAUCUGGUCAGUUGCCAGCUACAGUACAGGUGGAUCAGAACAAGCUGUUGGUGAAGAAAGUGGAUGAAACCGUGAACACAACUUUUGUAUGUGAGGUGAAGAACAGCCUGGGAUCUGUAAAGAAAGAGCUCGCCAUCACCGUCAUCGAGUCGACCGAAGACCCUUCCAGCGCGGGUGUGGUGGCCGGCGCCAUUCUGGGCAGCCUCUUGGCCCUCGUAUUGGUCAGCGCGCUGGUUGCUGUAUUGGUAACGCGUAGCCGGCGCCAACAGCACGGGUAUUCGGGCGACGGCGAGCAGGGAGGUUACGGCAACAAAACUCGGCUUUUCGGCGGCAAGAAAGCUAGCAAAAACGGCACCGGUGCAAACAACAACGGGCCGAUCUACACGUACCGCGAGGGUGAGCCGGGAACCCUGAUGGCUAAGUGCAAUGAAUUCCCGCACAUGACCAGCGGCAUGCCAACGGCCCAUGACAUCCUGUUGAGCGGUGAGCUAAACGAAGCACAGCGCAGGAAGUUCGAGGCCCUGAAUGACAGCAUGGAGGAGGAAGAGGACGAGAGGUACGACCGCUUUGGCGGACUGCCGCCCAGCUACCAAAUCCACCGGCGCGAGGAAGAGUGUGCACCGUACCUUGACGACGACAUGGAGUCUCAGCGAGACGGCUCCAUCAUUUCACGGACUGCCAUCUAUGUCUGAACAGCGAGGAGACGAAGACAAGAUGGAUGUGCGAUACGCCUGACUGAUAUUUACUUGAUCCGUACUUGACCUUUCAAACAGUUUUAAGAAAACGUGCCGUGCAACCGGUUAAUGUUAUUUCUGUGGGAAAAAGCACUCAUCAUCUAGACAUUAAACUUUUUACAUCGUAAUGCAUAGUUCUGUGUGAGGCAUAAUAUGAAAGAUUGACCUGAAGUAUUUGACAUUCGUGCAUUUGGCGGGCGCUUUUAUCCAAAGCGACUUUCGGUGCUUUUAAGGUAAACGUUUUGUCAGGAAGUUUUGUUCUUUAGACAUUGUGAUUGUUGUGUAAGUGUAACUUCUUGAUGAUGCCCGUUUUCACAAGACUUUCUGUGGUUUAGUCAUUAAACAGCACAAUAGUUUAGGCCCUUUAAAAGGUGUAGAAAGUCUUGCGAUUAAGUCUUUGCCGGGAACAUCAUCUCUGAGAACAGCUGGAUCUUUUGUCAGCAAAAGACACAUUGCACCGGCCGUUCCCGGCAUCUAGGUCGUUCGUCUACGUGGCACUGAUCAAUUCAGUCGGCGCUCAACUUUCUCCGUUUUUUAGCUCUUGUUCAUUAAUCGGAUGUCUUGUUACGGUAAAGGAAUUUUCGGAAUGACUCCAGGGGUUCUAGGAAGAGGCGUAAGAAUGUUUUUCCCUCCCCUGCCUCUGCAGAACAGCGCGUUCCAGGCGAUGUUUAAUUCAGGAGGCAGGAAGUGUUGUGCGUUAGCCGCGCACGCGGCGUCUUAGGCCGACGCUGUGAGCGUCCAGAUUAAUCCAGUUAUGUCAAAACUGUAGAAAACCAAGUCGAAAAACUGCAAACAGGCCGCUUGUAGGAGCGAACCAAACGCCCACAGUGUGACUUCAACCCUCUCCGGCAGACAAAUCCCUUGUUUUCCAUUAAAAGAAAAACAGUGUUGACACUCCACUAAAAACAGAUUAAAUUGAUUGAUAGAAACUGUGGAUUGGUGGCUGGCGUGCCUUGAGAGAGCGCCACUGACGUGCCUUCGAGUGGAGGAUUAUAUGACCGUGGAGUGCGGACGGACCCCGGCGGGAAACGUUAAGCCGGACGGCAUAUGCUGCUUGGUUCAGUCGAGUCCACGGUCUUGAAAAACUGCCAGCUGUGAAAAAAGGUCAAAGGGUAAUGCACUCUCACCGUAUGCUCCGCUGUGAGAUUAGGCCGCUCGGUUUACAGACCGGGUUUUUCUUGAGCGGGUCAGCGGUUUGUUUUGAAGUCUAGCAUAUAAGAUUACUUUUAAAAAAUAUAUAUGUAAUUUCAGAGGUUUAUUGAUGUCUACUGAUAUAAACUGUGUUUGUGUAACCUUAAAAAUGUGUGUAUUCCAGAUGUGUUUGCCGUAUUUGGUCAGCGCAUGUUUUGCAUAAUAACAUGCGGAUUGUAUGGAUUCUUUGGCAGCGCUUUGAAUUACUUAAACCGUGAGUCAUUCAUCCUUGGUUUCAGAUUAGCGAGACUUCGGCGGAGGGAAGUUAGACCGAUAAUGACAAAGAAUCCUCUCGCUUCAGCACGCGCACACCAAUGUGAUACUUCCUCAGACACUUCCUCCAUGCAGCAGUGCAGAUACACCGUGAGUUAAUUUGGAGAUUAUACUAUCUGAACAAGGCGAGUGUAAAGGCAGUAGUUACUAUAGCCUACAGAGACGUUCACCCACAAUCGCAAGAUUCGUCGUUUUUUUGUUGCAUCACUGCACUGAAAAAUAAGGAUGGGAAAGCUAUUUUCCCAGAGCUGCUGAGCCUCGAUUUAUUCAGGCUUAUAUUACCGGCCACAAAAACCAAGAUGUGCAGAAUGAAAAGGGAUGGAAUAAGUGAACAGUGGGUUGUUUGCAGAUGCAAAGGUAUUAACGCCACCAAACCGUUUUAGUUGUGAAAUUGAAUCCGCGUCAGGCAGAUUCAUGCAUUCGGUGAGGCCCGUGAGCUGGGAUAUUGCAGAGAUGGCCGGGCACGUUGGAGUCUAAAAUGAAAUUAGACUUUUCAUACCUAGCAAAGUUGCCAAAUGACGUUUUUGCAAUGAGUAGCAUUAGCGUUUUAGUCGAAACUUUUGUUGAACUUUAGAAUGUUAUGAGAGAAGAUUUGUAUUGAGGGUUAGAUAUUGAUACCUUGUUCUCAUCUGCACAGUCCCAAGGCUACAUACAGAUCAAAUAUUGGGUGUCGGGAGGAUCUGUCAAAAGCAUGUCUGGGUUAUAUUUCACCCUUAAGUCAAAAGAGCUGUAUUGUGCUUCAAGAAAAUGAAGCCUGAUUUUGAGCACUAUUAAGACUUUCUGCAUUCAGAUGGUAUUUUUCUGUAAAAUAAGCACAAACAUUAUUUCCCAGAGUAUUGUAAUAAAAUAAUUAUUUAUCGAAUUUUAUGCGCUCUGGGUUUUUAAGCCAUGGUUGGGAAAUGUCCAUAUUUAAUCCAACCAUGGGUUAAAACAACCCAACAUAAGUUAAUUGAAACCCAACAACCGGGUUUGUCCAUAUUUUACUCAAGCAAAGGUUGAGUGUGGUCCAAACUUGAUUGAAAUUCUGAUUUCGGGCUGAAAUAUGACCAGGGCAUAUUUUCAUGACUUUCGUCUACGGAUUGUUUCACAAUUUUAUGAAAAAAAGUAUAUUUUGAUAAUAAGCUGAUGUAAGUGCCUUCUGGGAUGUGUUUUUAGCCUAGAGAUGAAAGUUGGCCACAAUUCAUCGGAGACUCUGUAAAUGAAUGCCAGACCUAGAUAUUGGAAAAAAGUAUAAAACAGAAAAACAAGAUUGUUAGAGACGAUGGCAAAUUGCCCCCAUAUGGUGUUUUUAAUUAAUGAUGUAAGCCAUUAUUACCCCAUCAGCUGUAGAAGACUUCCUUUGCUGAUUGUAACUUUUUCGUUUUACUCUGAAAUGUUGUGUUGUGUCUAUAAAGAGCAAUGAGAUGAACGCAAACUUAGACAGCCAAUCACGACUUACUUCCUGUUUUUGUGUAAAUAGUGCUAUUCGACACAAAUUGUUACGUACAUACGUAUCACAAACCGCUGUACCACAACACGUCUAUCAAAAGUUCAAUCUGUACUUUUGUUUUUAUUUGUUGAGUUUGUAAUUAUAAUGGAUGGAAAUACAGUGCUAUUCUGUGAGGUGUUGAUGGUGUAUCUUGACGUGACGUGUCUUGUGUGUGACGCAUAUAUAUACUGUAUAUGUAUGUAUUUAUCAUCAAGAUAUCCAGUAAAAGUGUAUUUAUCAGUACUGUAAAUAACAGUUGAGGUCACAUACGGCCAAUACCAAAUAUAAGAGCAGACGUAGUACACUAGAUGAGAAUAACCUCAGUUGCCUUGAUGCGGGUGGUGUUGCCUGCUUCACACUGGUGGGAGUAAUGCCUAUAUAGCAGAUGUAGCUUCCCAGACGCACACUAGUUAGUAUGGACAGUACAGUAGACUGACGUUCACACAUAAACAUUAUGCACUGACACACACACACCCUUCAACACUAAACCCGUAUGCAUACUAGACUGUAGCAAUGUCUAAGAUUGUCAUAUUUCACUCCAAAGUCGACAAUGAAAUGUUUUUGCGAAAUAAGAAAUGAUUUUUACUGUGUGACAUAUUUAAAACAAGUAUUUGCACGUUGAUGGCAAAAAACAAAUUUCAUUACUUAGUUGUGCCAAAAAAAGUUUUUAUUGAUCACGGUCACAUUUGUUAUAUUGCUUUUAAUGUAUGCAAAUUGUAAUAAUAAAUUGCUAAAUUCUGGUAAUGAGAAACUAAUGAGAAUAGCCACAGAGAAUCGUGAGGAAAAUGUCCAGAUGUGUUACGGUAAUGAGAAUUUGCAUGCACGUGCUUAAUUUCCAUUAAAAUAAUGUCCAAAAGCAGUCUUAAUGGAACUAAAGCGGCCUUAAUGAAAAAUAAUCGACUUUUUCUUUGGAUUUGGAGUAAAAUAUGACCCGGACAUGUAGGAUUCACCUUCAGCGCACCCCGCACACACUGUUGCUGCCAAGGAUUUGUUCUCCACAAAAACAAACAAGGUACCAAUUACACUGACGUCCAACAGUAUUAUCCUAUUUUGCAAAAGACAAGAUCAAUAUUCUUCUAAGUUUCCACCGUUCACUGGUCGUGGGGUUUUAUUACCCAGAAAGAUGAAGAGGGAACCGCUGGGGCAUUAAUCCUCUUUGAAAAGAGUGCCACAGCGGGCAGAAUACCGGCGGGAUAAAAACCAAUGUUUUUGGCAUGCAAUUACGCAGCCUGUCCUCGACUACUGUUCUUUAAAAAAAAAAACAGAAAUGGGUUAUGGCAUCUUCAGUUUGCAACUGCCUCUAGUCUCAAAGCAACUCGGAGCCAUUAAGAGAAAUUGUGAUUCCGCACAAGGUGUUUUCCCACUCGGUUCCGUCUCAUCAGCUUCUUGUGAAUACUAUAAAUAAAUUAGAGAACGAGCAAACGCAUUACUAAUUGAUACGCAACCCUGAAUUACCUCCACGUCGUUCCAUUGUUCUGCGUUUGGCUUUGCUGCUUUUUUUGUUUUUAUUGUGUACAAGAUGCUUGGUCUCUCUUUCAGGGGGAAGGAACGGUUUCAUGUCACGCACACACAAAGACAACUUGUAUGGUGUGUUUAAUUGGAGCAAGGAAGAAAAACCGCUGUACGUUUCCAAGCCCCUGUUCGUCCUGUCACAUUAUUUUUGUAUACUGGUUGUAAUUAAAACCUGGUGGAUUUCUAAGUAUUUUGUCUUGCGUGUGUUUGUUGACCUCUUCUGCUUCAAGCAUCAAAUAUGUAACGCUGAUUUCCAGGGGCCCUCAUAGCGCAGCCACGCGCCAAUUCAAAGCUUACACAGCAGGUCCCAGAAUGAAAUCACUUUUGACCCCCGUCUGACUAGGACUGAAUUGAAACUCAAUCCUGGGAGGACGUUGAUGUGAUUUUUUUUCUUUUUUUGCAUGAUGGGAUUCUGAACUGUGCUGAGAGCUCAACUUCUUAAACUCACGUCUGUGG